UGCUAUAAGUCAUGAGAAAUUGGAUUUGCAGCAAAGAUUUGUUUCUUAUUUGUGCAAACAUAGCAACUAAAGUUGAUCAUAUGAGCGUCGCCGUGGUGUCAAAGUAAGCUGGAGAGGCUUGCUUGCUAGCUAACUAGUCUCGACAAGUUUGAUACGGAUCAAGUCUUUGUUGGUUUAUACGAAAUGUGUUUGCUGCUCGGUGCAACCGGUGUUGGAAAAACUCUUCUCUUGAAACGUUUACAGAAGCUCAGUGUGAGAGAUGGCACAACUGAUUUAGGGGAACCCCCUGUUACUCUACCUACGGUGGGCACCAACCUGACAGACCUGACUCUGAAGAGGAAGAGGGUGACUGUGAGAGAGCUGGGAGGCUGUAUGGGUCCUAUCUGGCCCAGUUACUAUACGGACUGCUCCUCUGUCAUCUUCAUGGUGGACUCUGCUAACACCACCCAGGUCGUCGUCGUCUGUAUCCAGCUCCUGUCUGUCCUCUCUGCUGAACCUCUCCCACACAGCCUCUGUCCUGGUUCUCUUCA